AUGUCUAUGAGUUUUGAUAGAGUUAUAUCUAAUCCAACAUUAAUGUUUAGAAAAGUUGUUGUUGGUAUUAAUUGUAAUGUUGAUUUAAUUGUUAAAGGGACUGAUUUAAUAAAGCAAUUAGGUACAUUACCAAAUCAACCUGAUUUAAAUGAUGAAUGUGUUACAUUAAAAACACUUACUGAUUUACAAAAAUCAUUUCUUCAUUUUUUUACAAAUGGUAUACCAGGUGAAAAAUAUAUGGAUAAUGAAGAAUUAUUUAAAAAAAUAGUAUCAAUAUCUGAAAAAAAUGAUAUGAAUUCUGAUGUAUAUAUUGGUGGUAAUGCUGCAUUAAUGGCACAAAAAAUUGCUUCAACAUUUUCAAGAGUUACACCACAUUUAGUUGGUCCUAUUGGUCCUAGAAUUCAAAAACUUCUUCAUCCAUUAAUUGUAAGAGAUAAUUCAACAAGAAUUGUUAAAGAUGAAUUACAUGUUAUUAUGGAAUAUAAACAAGGUGAAAUGCUUGAAAAUUAUAUGUCACCAGCAUCAUCAAGAUUUAUAACAUCACAAGAUCAAUUAUCUGGUAGUAGAAUUGUAAUAGAAAUGUUUUUUAAAGCUAUUCAACAAUAUAAACCUGAUCUUGUUAUUAUUGCUGGUUUACAUGUUUUAGAACCACAAUCUAAUGAUAUAAGGCGUGAAAAAAUGUUAUUAAUUAAACAAGGUUUAUAUCAAUUACCUCCAGAAUUACCAUUACAUCUUGAAUUAAGUACAAUAUCAGAUUUAGAAUUUGCCAGACAUAUUCUUAAAGAUAUUAUACCAAGAGUUGAUUCAUUAACAUUAUCAGAAAGAUGUUUAAAUAUAUUAGCAAAAGCUGUUAAAGGACCAUCUGUUGAUUAUCCUAGUUCAGCUAGAAUACUUCAUGUUCAUAAAGCUGUUGAAAUGUUACAUUGGUUAAUGCUUAAUUAUGGUCAUCGUAAAGAUAAAGGUGGAAAAAGUAUGAAAAAUAGAUUGACAAGAAUUCAUUUUCAUUGUUCAACUUAUCAUAUGAUUGUCUCAACAGGAACUGAUUGGUCAAAUUUAGUAAGUGGUUUGGCUGCUGGCGCUAGAGUUGCUGGAAGAUAUACAUGUGGUAUGAGAAAAAGAGAUACAAAUUAUGAUUUAUUAGAAGUACGAUUUUCUUCAAGUUAUUUAUUAGAUGAAAAAUAUGAUAAAGUUUAUACAUUUGAUCCUGCAAACCCUAUUGCUUCAUGGAUGAGAGAUGACGUUAUAUUUAUGUUUACACCUGUUCUUGUUUGCAAAUUUGCCGCAAGAACAGUUGGAGCGGAAGAUUCAAUUAGUGCAACUGCUCUAAUUCAUUCCCAAUUUUAUGCUGCAUCAAAAUAA